GUUUCCCCGACUCGUUCGCUUUGACAGCCGUGCGAAUACGAUUUCCGAGCCAAACCCUUCAUUGAACCCGCUCUCUGAUUUCGCCGACGAAUGCGCCACAGCAAGGAAAACUCGACCAUGAGCAGCAAUAGAAUAGAUCACAGCAUGCAUGCAAGCAACGGAGGCAUCAUCAGCGCUGCUGGGCUGGGCAGCCCCGGCAACGAGCCCGACGACGCAACCACCGCCAUGCUCAUCUCGACCGAGCGCGGACUGCGAUGCCCGACACAACUUUGCGAUGAUUCCCACCAAGCGUCGUCGUCGUCGUCGUCCUCGCCACGACGCUCCAGGGUCGCCGCCUCGUCCAAGCCUCGCCAGCAGCCGACUGAUGCUGAUCAUCCAGCGGAAACCGUUUCUCUGUUUCAAACGGCGUCAUCACCCCGACUGCCGCAGGACGACCCCGCAACAACAACAACAGCAACAGCAACGCCAGGGCUCAAUGCGCCACUGGGACGCACUCGUCUGUCUGCUGAGCCCGCCGCGAGCGCGAGCGCAUCGGCCCAGCGUCACCGCCAGCACCGCGCGAGCUUGCUGGCAACGUCCGUGUUUGAAGUCGAGCCGGACUCGAGCUUUGUGGACGCUGCGCCGACCGCGUCCGGCUACGACGCCUCUGUGCGCGUCAGAGUCAGUGACGACGACAGCGACGAUCAGCUGCAGCACGGACGGCCAUCGCCGGCAGGGCUGCAGGUGCACCACAACCGACUCCAGCAGCGGAAUGGCGUCAAUGUCGAGCUCUUUCCGAGCACAGGCAUUACGACUACCACGACCACUACUACCACCAGUCAUAGCAAUAGUGCCACAGCGGAUGAUAUUCUGCAGCAAGCGAGCCGGAGCAUUCAUGGGCUUGGACACGCUUCGCCGCAAUUCGAUGCCUCCGACCUCUCGUCCACAUUGAAUGUCGAACCGUUGCUGGCAUUCGGUCGCUCACUCUCUGCCAAGGUUCAGCAACUUGUGCGAGCUCCCGUCGACAUUCGCGACGCGCGAGAGCAACUCCAAGCUCAGCUUCACCCAGCGUUGCCGGCCGUUUCCGAGCCCAGUCGACAGCAGCAGCAGCAACACCAGCAGCAACAAAUUGUUGCCGUCUCGCAAGACACCUCGAUCGCGCUCAAAGACGAGGCAUUCCAGGGAGCAGCCGGGAGCCCGGUGGUGUCCUUUAUUAUGACCGAGAUUGCGCGGCAACGGCAAAUAAACGAGGCGCACGGCAAGCUCAGCAAGUUGAACACGUUUGUGAGCUUUGCGUCUCUCAUGCGGCAGCAGCAACUGGAGGGUAUUGCACGGCGCGGCGCCCACCAAAUUUCCCAGCUGCAAGUCAAUGUGCGAGAGCACGCACACACCAUCGAUCGGAUGAAUGACUCGAUCGAUCAUCUCGAAGACGAGGUCGAAGCCCGUCGUUUGGAGUCGGAGCGUCUUCGGGUGGAUCUCAGUUUGCAGCGUACGAUGCUGGACACGUCUCUUCAAGAGUAUCGCACGGAACUCGAGCAACACCGAGCGGCAAUGGCGCAGCAGCAGCAAACACUGAACGCCAUGUUUAUGCGUCGAAUGAACCGCGACUUGCUCAUGGAUAGCGGGCUCACUGUGGUCGGAUUUCUCGCUGUGAACUCGUUUUUGGUGGACUUUCCGCUCCGCCUUGCCCUUGUGAUGGUGCCGCGCGAAAAGAUGCGCGUCUGGCUCCGCCAAGUGGUCAAGCUUGGAUUGAUUGCUGCCAUUACACGCACUCUCAAGCGCUUUGCCUCCGGCCUGGGCCUCCACAACAAUGUGGGUUCGGUGACCAUGUAUGCAAAAUGGUUGCUGUUCUCUCUGUACUCUCAGCUCCGUAAUCAAGUCGCGGGAACCAGGAAUUCGACUGACGUGGAAUCAGGCAACGCGGGGUCGCAUCCAACUCUGGCCAUUCUGUCUCGCGUGCUGUUUUCUGGAUCGUCCUCCACGCAACCGCGCGACUCAAGUGUCGCUGCUUACCUGGUUGCCGCUUCUCACCGCGUUUAAUUUCUAAAAUGCUGUCCAAGCGCAUUUGUACAUUUUUAUGCUACCUUGCCAGCUUGUUGUUUUUGUUUGCGUUCGCUGCCUUUGUGGACAUGUCAACCUUUUAAUCGAACCAUUUCAGAAA